AUGGACCUCGAAAGAUACAUCAGCGACAAUUCCCUCAGGUUCUUUGGCUAUGCUGAUCGGAGCAUCAUAGAUUAUGUGGUAGCGUCAGCGUCGUCCUCCAAGUCACCACAGGCACUGUUCUCAACACUCAACGCCUUCGGCUUACCAGACACCUCAGACGCCCACGAGUUCGUCCAGGAGGUUUACUCCCGCGCGCCCAGGAAGCACAAGCAAAAGGCCGACGCCAGCCGCAAGCAGACCGAGAAAGACUCGAAGGCCCUCCGCGCGCAGAAGUACAGCUUUGUGCUCGAGGAUGAUGCCUCUGUCUCGACCGACGUUGCGCCCGUGAAGAAGUCGAAGAAGCGGACCGAGGAGCGCACGUUGCGCAAACGCGAAUACGACGGCAAGGAGUGGGAAAGCGACGAGGAGGAGCACGCGCGGAAGCGGCGGCGAGAGGAAGAGCCCCGGCCCCCCACACCUCCGCGCGAAGACGCAGAUGCGGAGAUGGACUUGGAGGACGAGGAUGCGCGGAGGGAGCGCGAGCGGCUGGAGGACCUACGCGAGCGCGACGCAUUCGCCGAGCGCGUGAAGGAGCGAGACAGGGAAAAGACGAAGAAGAUAGUCGAGGACCGCUCCUCCAAGAGCAGCGGCGCCGCAGCCGAGGCCGCCGAACGCCGCAGGCUCGCCGACGAUGCGGCAGCGCGCUCCAUAGCACUCCCCUCCCUCCGCGUGCACUCCCGGCAGGAGUACCUCACGAAGCGCGAGAUUCAGCAGAUAGAGCUCCUGCGGAAGGAGAUUGCGGACGAUGAGGCGCUGUUCGCGGGCAUGAAGAUCUCGAAGCGCGAGCAGCGGGAGCUGGAUAGGAAGAAGGAGCUGCUUCGGCUGGUCGAGGAGCGCCUGAAGAUCAACGACUCGUACGACGGGUAUCAGCUGCCGGACGACUACUUCACGGAGCAGGGGAAGAUCGACCGGAAGAAGAAGGAGCGGGCUCUAUAUGCGCGGUACGAGGAUGCGAAGCCAAAGGACGAUCAGUUCGUGACGGACGUCGACCAGUGGGAGGCCGCGCAGACGAAGAACAGCACAUUCAAGACUGGCGCGCUGGAUAAGCCCGAGCUCGUCGACGCAUACGACUAUGUGUUCGACGAGAGCCAGACUAUCCAGUUCAUACAGGACAAUGCGUCUCAGCUGAAGGGCUCGCAAAUGUCCGCGGCGGAGAAGCUGCUUCAGUCGCAGAUUGAGGAGGCGGAGAAGAAAGCCAAGACCAUCGAGGAAACUCGAAAGUCCCUUCCCAUAUACCAAUACCGCGAGCAGCUCAUUGAAGCUAUUCAAGAGCACCAAGUCCUCAUCGUCGUCGCCGAAACCGGCUCCGGCAAGACCACCCAGCUCCCCCAAUACCUGCACGAAGCCGGCUACACCGCGAACGGCCAGAAGGUCGGCUGCACGCAGCCGCGUCGCGUCGCCGCUAUGUCUGUCGCCGCGCGUGUCGCGGACGAGAUGGGCACGAAGGUUGGAUACGAGGUUGGGUACUCAAUCCGAUUCGAGGACUGCACGAGCGACAAGACGGUGCUGAAGUACAUGACGGACGGCAUGCUUUUGCGAGAGUUCUUGACGGAACCGGAUCUGGCGGGGUAUUCGGCGCUGGUCAUUGACGAGGCGCACGAGCGGACGUUGAGUACGGAUAUUCUGUUUGCGCUGGUUAAGGAUAUCGCUCGCUUCCGUCCAGAGUUGCGCAUUCUUAUCUCCAGUGCCACUAUGGAUGCCGAGAAGUUCAGCGAGUACUUUGACGGCGCGCCGACCUUCUAUGGUACGCUCGUGUAUGCUUUCAAUCAUGGUCCCGAAGCCAACUACCUCCACGCCGCCAUCACUACCGUCUUCCAGAUCCACACCACACAACCCAAGGGUGAUAUCCUUGUCUUCCUUACUGGACAAGACGAAAUCGAGGCAUGUCACGAAAAUCUGCAAGAGACAGCGCGCGCGCUGGGAAACAAGAUCGCGGAGCUCAUCAUAUGUCCCAUCUACGCCAACCUGCCCAGUGACAUGCAGGCGAAGAUUUUCGAGCCGACACCGGAGGGCGCGCGCAAGGUCGUGCUUGCGACAAAUAUCGCCGAGACGUCCAUCACUAUCGAUGGUGUGGUCUUCGUCAUCGACCCUGGCUUCGUGAAGCAGAACUCGUACAAUCCGCGCACUGGGAUGUCUUCUCUCAUAGUCGUACCAUGUUCCCGCGCGUCCGCCAACCAGCGAGCAGGCCGCGCAGGCCGUGUUGGGCCCGGGAAGGCUUUCCGCCUGUACACCAAGUGGGCAUUCAAUAACGAGCUGGAGGCGAGCACCGUGCCCGAAAUCCAGCGCACGAACCUAGGCAUGGUCGUCUUAUUGCUCAAGUCCCUCGGCAUCAACGACCUCCUCGGCUUCGAGUUCAUGGAUCCGCCCCCGGGCGAGACCCUCAUGCGCGCUCUCGAGCUUCUCUACGCCCUCGGCGCGCUCAACGACCGCGGCGACCUCACCAAGCUCGGCCGGCGCAUGGCCGAGUUCCCCGUCGACCCCAUGCUCUCCAAGGCGAUCAUCUCCUCCGAGCAGUACCACUGCACCGACGAGGUGCUCACCAUCAUCUCCAUGCUCCAGGAGUCCGCCUCCCUGUUCUACCGCCCGAAGGACAAGAAGCUGCACGCGGAUCAGGCGCGGCAGAACUUCGUGCGCCAGGGCGGGGAUCACUUCACGCUGCUGAACGUGUGGGAGCAGUGGGCGGAUACGAACUACAGCCAGCAGUUCUGCUACGAGCAGUUUUUGCAGUUUAAGAGUUUGAGUCGGGCGCGGGAUAUUAGGGAUCAGUUGGCGGGGCUUUGCGAGAGGGUGGAGAUUGUGGUGGAGCCGAAUCCGAAUUCGAAUGAUAUUACGCCGAUACAGAAGGCGAUCACGGCGGGGUAUUUCUACAAUACGGCGCAGUUGCAGAAGGGCGGCGACUCGUACCGCACGUUAAAGACCAAUCACACUGUCUACAUCCACCCCUCGUCGAGCUUGUUCCAGUUCCAGCCCCCUGUCAGGGCCGUGCUGUACUACGAGCUCGUCAUGACGAGCAAGUCGUACAUGCGACAGGUCAUGGAGAUCAAGCCGUCAUGGUUGCUGGAAGUGGCGCCUCACUACUUCAAGCCCGCCGACCUGGAGCAACUUGCCACGGGAGACAAGAAGAUGCCCAAGGGACAGGGCGCUGCGCCCGCCUCCGCACGACCAUAG